CAUUACUUGCCCCGUUGAUUGUACGUUUAGUAUAAAGGAAACGGCUCCGUGCUAACCGGGCUGGGCAGCCCUUGGCCCCUCUGACAAGCACUGGUCAAGCACUAACAAGCACUAAGCCGUACUACGCGCGUGGAUACCCAGCCACUUACAUGGAGAUACAUAUGGCUGUAACCCUGUAAACCCUGCCAAUGGGCCUGACUAUGGUCUCACCAACCAUAACUGGUCUAAACCAGGGAUCCUAACUGCAAGUUCUGCUAUACACAAUAUCGGUGCCUACAUGUAAAAUUGUGCGACCACGUGCGUUGGAGCUCCUUCUCAUAUAAAUCAAGGUUCCUGCGCAUCCCUUCCUUUUUCUUCUCCUUGUGGUUCUCUCUUCUCUUCUACCAUCACCCUGUUGCUUUGGUCUUCCUGUGUGCCUUGGCAACGCUCGUUGACACGCGGCAUUAAAUUAAUUGUUACAAUGAAGGCCGUCAUUGCUACUCUUCUGGCUGCAGCCACCCUGGCACAGGCCCAGGUUGCAACCACCUCCGAGCCUUCGGUUUCUGAUAUCAACAAGGCUGCCGCCACCACUCUCCCCGAGUCCCCUACCUCGGAUGUCAAGGGUCUGGCCUUUAACCGGUUUUACCAGGUCUGGCUGGAGAACAUUGACUAUGAGGAUGCGGCUGCCGAUGCCAACAUGCAGUGGUUGGCUACCCAGGGUAUCCUGCUGACCAAUUACUAUGCAGUCACCCACCCUUCGGAGCCCAACUACUGUGCGGCUGCUGGUGGUGACACUUUUGGCAUGGACAAUGACAACUUCAACCAAAUUCCCGCCAAUGUCUCUACUGUCGCUGAUCUGCUCGACACCAAGAGCAUUUCCUGGAGCGAGUACCAGGAGCACUCGCCUUACCCCGGCUUCCAGGGCUACAACUACUCCAACCAGAAGACCUUUGCCAAUGACUAUGUCCGCAAGCAUAACCCUCUAGUCCUCUACGACUCUGUCGUCAAGAACGAGACCCGUGCUCGCCAGAUUAAGAACUUCACCGAUUUCGAGAGCGACCUUUCCGACAAGAAGCUUCCGCAGUGGGCUUUCAUUACCCCAAACAUGACCAACGAUGCUCACGAUACCAAUAUCACCUUUGCUGCCAAGUGGGAGCGCAGCUGGAUGUCUUCGUUGCUCAAGAACGACUACUUUAUGAACGACUCCCUCAUCCUCCUGACCUUUGACGAGGAUGAUACCUAUAACAAGACCAACCGUGUCUUCAGUAUCCUCGUUGGUGGUGCUAUCCCCGACAACCUGAAGGGUACCCAGGACGACACCUUCUACACCCACUACUCGUCUAUUGCCUCCGUCAGCGCCAAUUGGGGUCUGCCCUCUCUCGGCCGCUGGGACUGUGGUGCCAACAUUUUCGAGAUUGUCGCUAACAAGACGGGUUAUGCCAACUACAAUGUGAACAUCACCAACUUGCGCCUGAACGAGACCUACCCCGGUCCCGAGUCCGCCGGCGAGAUUUCCAAGUACUCUUCCGUCUGGCCCAUUCCUCUGACCGAUGGCAAGUGCUCGGCUGGUAACGGUAUCUUGGACAUCGUGAAGAAGACCUAUGCUGGCCAGACUGCCACCUACGACUACUCCAGCCCCUACCCCUGGGACGCCAAGUCCGACUACAAUACAGAGGUCACAAUUACCCGCAAGAAUGCGACCAACACUACCAGCACCACCUCGUCGGCUUCCAGCACUGCUUCCAAGGGCGCUGGUGCGGACAUCACCAUCCCCGGCUCUACCAUCGUGACCGGUGCUCUGGUGGCUUUCUUUGCUUACAUGCUUUAAAUUGGCAGCAAAUUCUACUUUGCCAUUUUUAAGUGGGCUCUCCGGCUGAUGACUAUCUAAUCGAUCACAACAGUUAUUUGCUAAUGUGAGCCAUCGAAGAUAGCUUAUUUUUCUUCCUCCCAUGGCAGCGAGAAAACAAAUUGGCCGUCAUGUCUUUCGACCCGGCAAUCUGCCUUAAUGUCUUAGCUACGAUUCACAAUGCAAUACAUGAUACUGCAUGCUAACUGAGCAAUAAAAACUGUUGUUGUCCAGACUUGUAGCCUUGCUCUCAUAUCAAUUUCAACCUGUGGAGAAGCUCCUUCACUUGCACUCAACGUGACAUGCUAAAUCCCUUCAUCAUUCUAGAAGAGACCUUUAGAGCUCUCUCCCGACUUGAUCAAGAUAGUCUUCAUCUGUAAGAAAGCAUCAAUGCUGUACAGCAUACCCUCCCUCGUAUUCCCACUCAUCUUAUAUCCACCAAAUGCCCCGUCCUUCGCAUUAGUUGGGCUCGUACAAUUCACGCCCACCGUACCCGCCUCCAACGCCUUGGACAUGCGCACCGCACGAUCCAGAUCCUUCGUGAAGACAGACGCAUAUAGUCCAAAUUCAGUAUCAUUUGCCUUCUGCACUGCCUCCUCUUCCGUCUUGAACUUGUUGAUCGUCACGACGGGACCAAACACCUCCUCCCGCAUCAGCCGCGAGUCCUCCGGCACGUUCUCGAAGAUCGUCGGUUUCACAAAGAACCCAUCAUUCGCAUCACCACCCUGCGUCAGAGACCCGUCCCUCUGUCCAAUACCCAGAUACUCCUGCACGCGCUUAUACUGUACAACAUCGACCUGGGGACCGUGCGAAGUAGCCGGGUCCAGCGGGUCACCCAGCUUGGCGGCGGCGAAUUUCUCGCGGAACAGCGCCACGAACUUAUCAUAUACAUUUUCUUGUACGUAGACACGGCUGUUCGCAACACAGAUUUG